AUGCGAUGCAAGCAGCAAUACGGGAAGCCAGUGGAAAAGCUGGGGAAGAGCAAGAUAAACGGCGGCCGGGCGAAAUGCGGGAAGGAAGCGAGUGAUGGCGCAGGGCUCUUUGGCGAUGGACUGCCCAGAGUCGAAGACCAGGCCAAGCCCGUUUUCGCAGGAGAACCUUGGAAAAAAAGAUCCACCUGCACGAGGCAGAUGGACCCCUCAAAGUCCCCUCAAGGUUCUAGUGGUCACAGAAUGGCGCACCGAGAGGUCACAGAACUGACAGAAGUGGAUGGUGCAAGCGUUGCGUGGUGGUCACCUCCCACCACGUCCACCCACUAUCCACCAUCCCUCGGGAAAGGUGGCGGCGUCGGCCACUAG